AUGGCCUCAAAUUACGCGGCAGCCUCGGCAUCGCCGGAAAAUCCGCUCGCAGAAGACUUUAGCAACCUUGAGGUCGUUCAUGUCCGGAACGAGUCAGAUCUCGAGGUCGAUAGAAGAAAGGACCAUUCGGACUUGGAGCUUGUGUCAGGGCCUGGAGUAGUAGAAUCUCUACAGUCCGACAAUCUCCAGCCUUAUCACCCGACCGUGCCUACGAACCGAGAUCCUGCAGGCCCCAUACCUUACCAUCCUGACGUGCCUACGAACCAGGAUCCUCACGGGCUGAUCCCUUACCAUCCAAGAACAGCAGGCUACGAAGACGUUGACGGACUCAUCCCUACUGAGGGGAGGUUUAGCGACACGCCUGAGAAAGACCUGGAACAUCAUUUCGCUCUCUGUGGAAUUGAGAUUUCUCUAUUUCGGCGGAAGCAUCAGGCACCGAGAAGACCUUCAGCAGGACAGCGUUAUAUCUGCGGAUUAAGUGCCCUACGAUUUUGGAUUGUGGUCAUCGUUGCUGUUGUCCUAGCUGCUGCCAUAAUCGGUGGAGCAGUGGGAGGGGUCUUGAGCACUGGUGAUGAUUCUACAGCGUCAAUACCAAGCUCGAGCGUUACCUCGACAACAUGGUUGGAUGCAAUUCCUACAACUACUACCCCGUAUACACCAUCCCUGCCAACUGGCUCGUACACACUCCCACUGCACCAAACUCUACAGAUCGACACCUGUAUCGAGGAUGCCGCCAAUCUCGCAGCUUGGGACUGCAUGAAUACUGCUUCCAUGAGCUUCCAAACUAACAACGGAACCCAAAAUCUACCUCGUAUCACAUUCAACGACUCUCUCCCCGACCCCACCCAGAUUCGUUACGGCCCACAACUUCCCCAGUUGAACAACACCUCUUUCGAUCUGGCGCCGUACCUCGACACCAACCGAGAAGAGCUUGGUGUCGCGAUGUUUUUCAGUACGCUCUUCGACAAAUACAUCAUCCUCCCCGGCGAGGAGCUCUCGACCAGCUCCUCAAAAAGGUCCGUUCACCAAGGACGAGCAGCUAGCUAUGUCGGCGAUCCCCUCCAGAUCGGCGACCAGCCCUGGUACUGCUGGUGGAACUCGACCGUAAGCGAAGUCUACAUCUACCUGGGCCAAGACGCGACGGUGACUGGCACGCCGGCCACCCCGACUCCCUCUUUCCCCAAGAUCAUGAAGAUGGUGGAGAAGCGCAAGCCAAGCAGCAAUGUGAAGCCAUACUGCCAGAAGAUGCAGGUGCUGAAUAACUGGCAGAUCCUCCCGGUCCCGAACGCGGCUGUCGUCUCCAUUCAGGAGAGAGGGUUUUCUGGGAAGAAAAGAGAUACUGCGACGGAUUAUCGGUCGAACUGUGUCUGUGAAUGGUACAAUUCGUAACAUGGGUGGACGGGUAUAGAGAUCAGUGUACUGGGCACUAAUGUGCAUCACCAUACUCCUCC